UGCACCCCUGCCUUUUCCCUUCUCCAGACCUUCAUCGGCUCCUCUAUCUCUUCUUUCGCUCGGUGCUCGUGAACGAAUACUGAGGUGGUCUUUGCGCGAGUUCUGCGAGUCCGCGUCAAGUUUUUGACCUGGAAUAAAGACGCGACGACGCAAACUUCAUAAACGCGGAGCGAACAGACAGCUGCCUAACUGACUCUGGAAAGGAGAAGUGGAGAUUGAAAGACACACAGAGCAAUGAGUCGCAGCAUUGUGCGCCAGAGUAAGUUUCGGCAUGUUUUUGGCCAGGCAGCCAAAGUGGAUCAGGGUUAUGAUGAUAUUCGAGUUUCCAAGGUGACGUGGGACAGCUCCUUCUGUGCAGUCAACCCAAAGUUUCUGGCUGUUAUAGUCGAGUCCAGCGGAGGUGGGGCUUUUUUGGUAAUUUCUCUCUCAAAGAUGGGCAGAGUGGACAAAAAUUAUCCCCUAGUGGUUGGGCACUCAGGCCCUGUAUUGGACAUCGACUGGUGUCCUCACAAUGACAACAUCGUGGCCAGCUGCUCUGAAGACACAACUGCCAUGGUAUGGCAGAUCCCUGACCACACCCCCUGUCGCCCCAUCAGUGAGCCCAUUGUGGUGCUAGAAGGUCACUCUAAACGUGUGGGCAUCAUUAAGUGGCAUCCCACUGCCCGCAACAUCCUCCUCACUGCAGGCAGUGAUAAUCUGAUCAUAAUUUGGAAUGUGGGCACCGGAGAACCCCUGAUCACCAUGGACGACCAUCCUGACCUCAUCUACAACGUCAGCUGGAACUACAACGGCAGUCUCUUCUGCACCACCUGCAAGGACCGUCGCCUCCGAGUGUGUGAUCCUCGCAAAAGUGAGGUGUUGGCGGAGAGAUUGGCCCCUCAUGAGGGCAUUCGGCCGAUGAGAGCUAUUUUUACCAGAGAGGGAAACAUUUUCACUACAGGUUUCACCAGGAUGAGCCAGAGAGAGUUGGGCUUGUGGGAUCCGACUAAUUUCGAAGAGCCCAUUGCAUUAUUGGAGUUGGACACAAGUAAUGGAGUUUUACUGCCUUUUUACGACCCAGACACCAACAUUGUAUAUCUCAGCGGCAAGGGUGACAGCAGUAUUCGGUAUUUUGAGAUCACAGAGGAACCCCCUUAUGUGCAUUACAUCAGCACAUACAGUAGCAAGGAGCCACAGAGAGGAAUGGGCUUCAUGCCUAAGAGAGGAGUAGAUGUCACCAAGUGUGAGAUCGCUCGAUUAUACAAACUCCAUGAGAGAAAGUGUGAGCCUAUUAUGAUGACUGUACCCAGAAAGUCGGACCUGUUCCAGGAUGACCUGUACCCAGACACAGCGGGUCCAGAGCCAGCACUCGAACCUGAGGAAUGGAUGGAGGGACGAGAUGCAGAUCCCAUACUGGUGUCCAUGAGAGAUGGUUAUGUUCCUCCAAAGAGCAGAGAGCUGAAGGUGUCCAAGAAGAACGUCCUAGACACCAAGCCUGCCACACGUAGAAGCAUGUCUGUUGUAGAUGGAAGCAGUUUGCCUCCUCAGUUGUUGGAGAAGCUCAUUGAAGAGAUCCAAAGUCUGAAGGCCACAGUUCUCUCUCAGGAGAAGCGAAUCUGUGAUUUAGAGAAUAAGCUCUCCAAGUACACUAAUGGCACAGUCUGACUUCAUCACUAAAACUAACCCAUCCUGUUCACACAACUAAAGUAUGAUAGGCCAAGCCACUCCCGAUCCUGGUUCACUUUUGUUAUGGGUUUACAUUGUAACUACUACACCACUUGACUUUACACAGCUUUUCUGAUCAUUACCAAACAUUUUGUAGCAAAUAAUUUUGCAUAGGCACUUAUUGCCAGAAAUAGUGUUUUUCUGAUGCUUUGUAGUUUGUGUGUUAAUAUUGUGUGGUAGUACACAAUAUUAGCUUUCUUAAAUGAAUCUUAUCAAAAAGCAUUUUAUAGACAACGGGCAGCUUCAUGUUUUGAGUUAUACUGUAAAUCCUACAGCUUUUAAAUGCUAAAAACGAAUGACAAGAAUUGUAACUGCACAGUAGUUAGCAGUCAUGGUUUCAUCUGUAGUCUGUUUGUGAACAUACCUCAUUGAAGAGACCAGGACCUGGGAUCAGACAGUAGCAUUAUGUAGCUCUUAUUUGGUCGGCUCUGUCUAAGCAAGAUCUUUGGCAUGAGUAGGUAAGGAUAUUAGGAAGCUCUGUAAGGGUCGUGCACAUCACUUAUUGCCAUUAAAUGAAUAGUUCACCUUAAAUGUCAUUGACUCUAAUGAGGAGUUUAGCAUAAUGUCCAAUCUAUUAAUAUGAAGGUCAAUGAGCACUAUGCUGAAAUUUGACAGAAUAUAAAAAGACACCAUAAAAGUGGUGCAUAUAAGUCUCAUAUACUAGUGGCUUUGUGCAAAUAAAAGAUAAAAUUUAAGUCAAUAUGCAGUGGUUUCACGGACAGGGUUUAUAUAGUCCCAGACUAAUGCAUGUUUGAGCCGCCUUAUUUUAAAAUAUCUUAACAUGUCCUAAGGCCUAGUCCUGGAUUAAUUUAAAACCUGUCCGGUACACUGCCCCUAUAACUUUGAAAUUUAAUUUUAAACAUGGUAUGAAUUGGAAUAUACGAUCGGUGGAAAGAUGAGAAAAUGAAAACAGACUUUUAUGUGAACUGUUCAUUUAAGACUCCUGAGCAAAUUUUUAAUAAUAUAAUGUUGAGCAAUCUAAUUUAAUAAUCAAAGUUGUAUUAUUUUUAGACUAAACAACUAUUUGCAUAGAAAGCCCCAUUUGUUUCUUAUGUGCUUGCAUUAUUGGCUCCUAAAAUGCCACACAAUCGGUCACUUCACACACCUCUGCCUUUCCAGAUUUGACCAACAAUUAAACUCAUGUGGUUUCUGUUAAACAUUACAAAAUGUAAAUAUUAUACUAAAAAACAUGAAAAAUAGUCAGAUAUCUAAACCAAAGACAUUAUUUUGUGUUUUAUGUAGAGCAUAAUUUGUGAGUAUUAUGGUUUGAAUAAAACUCUUUUUGUACAAAAA